CCCUGAUGAAGUAGAACUCUUUGCCAAGUCUGCUCAGAAUGCAUACAAACAGUUUAGAGACAAGGCGGCAUAUUCAAGAUCAAUGACUGUACGGUAGUCAAUUAACGUAUACUAAUGGAGUGCAGUACUUUUUCAAUCGCUUCAUCACUGUCCAAUCAUUAUGUUGCAAGCAGAUAAGAUGGAGGAGGUGGCACAGGGGAGAGUGUGGACUGGUAAAGAAGCAGUUUCACGAGGUUUAGUUGAUGCUAUUGGUGGGUUUUCUCAUGCUGUUGCUAUAGCAAAGCAGAAGGCUAAUAUAUCCCCUGGGUAGAGAGGUAUCCUGAAUGUUAAGGUUACUUUUGUUGAGCUAUCAAGACCGUCGCCAACCCUGCCAGAAAUCUUAGUUGGCAUUGGUAACACUGUGGUUGGGGUGGAUAGGACAUUGCAAGAAUUACUGCAAGACUUGGCAUCUUUUGAUGAAAUUCAAGCCCGGAUGGAUGGAGUCAUGUUUCAGAAACUGGAUGGUGUUUCAAAUUCCGGUCCUCUCUUCACUUUGAUUAAAGACUACUUGAGUUCCUCUGACCUCUUAUAUCUGUCUAUCCAUCGUCUAAAUUUUAUUUUAUUUUAUUUUUUUGGUAAAAAUGUGGAAGAGAUGAGCCACUUGUCUGCUUACUGUAAAUGUUACUAUAAUUUUGUCCUUUAUUUCUCCUUUUUCAUUA